UGACGCCACCCGGACCUGGCGGAAGCGGAAGGAAGGUUUCGUUUCGUUCCCACCGGCUGCGGGGAUGCCUUUGCGGAAGUAGCUCCAGGGCUGGUCUUUUCCUCUUCAUUUCCUCGGGGUGCCGGAGGGGCUGGUCCAUAAUCCCCCGUGACCGGGUGGUGGAGGCCGAAGCGCCCCUCGCCGCGCCCUUUCCUCCCCUCCCCGCCCAUCAUGGCGGCCAACAACAACCUGCAGAAAGCGAUAGACCUUGCCAGCAAAGCAGCACAAGAAGACAAAGCGGGGAACUUUGAGGAAGCCUUGCGCUUGUACCAGCACGCUGUGCAGUAUUUCCUCCAUGUCGUCAAAUAUGAGGCUCAGGGUGACAAAGCAAAGCAGAGCAUUCGAGCGAAGUGUACUGAGUAUCUGGACAGAGCAGAAAAGCUGAAGGAGUAUUUGAAAAAGAAAGAAAAGAUGCCUCCCAAGCCUGUGAAAGAAUCCGGCUCCACUGAUGAAAAGGGGAAUGACAGCGACGGGGAAGGAGAGUCAGACGACCCCGAGAAAAAGAAGCUACAGAAUCAACUGCAAGGCGCCAUCAUCAUGGAGCGGCCAGAUGUCAAAUGGAGUGACGUCGCCGGCUUAGAGGGAGCAAAGGAAGCGCUUAAAGAAGCAGUCAUCUUGCCUAUUAAAUUUCCACAUCUUUUCACAGGGAAGAGAACCCCUUGGAGAGGAAUUCUUUUGUUUGGACCCCCAGGAACAGGAAAAUCAUACUUAGCAAAAGCUGUUGCAACAGAAGCCAACAAUUCCACCUUUUUCUCCGUGUCGUCUUCUGACCUGGUUUCAAAAUGGUUGGGGGAGAGUGAAAAGUUAGUGAAGAAUUUAUUCCAACUUGCUCGAGAAAACAAGCCUUCCAUUAUCUUCAUUGAUGAAAUCGACUCUUUGUGUGGUUCCAGAAGUGAAAAUGAAAGUGAGGCUGCUAGACGAAUUAAAACAGAGUUUCUAGUUCAGAUGCAAGGAGUUGGAGUAGACAAUGAUGGAAUUUUAGUUCUGGGAGCUACAAAUAUACCUUGGGUCCUAGAUUCUGCCAUCAGAAGAAGGUUUGAGAAGCGCAUUUACAUUCCCUUGCCGGAGGAUCAUGCAAGGGCGGCCAUGUUUAAGCUUCAUCUCGGGUCCACGCCAAACAGUUUGAGUGAAACAGAUUAUCGAGACCUCGGAAAGCGGACGGAUGGCUAUUCCGGGGCUGAUAUAAGCAUAAUCGUGCGAGAUGCUUUGAUGCAGCCUGUUAGGAAAGUUCAAUCAGCCACACACUUUAAGAAAGUGAAAGGACCAUCACUGGCUGAUCCAAACAUGUUGGUAGAUCUGUUCACCCCGUGUUCUCCAGGAGAUCCCAACGCCAUUGAAAUGACAUGGAUGGACGUUCCAGGGGAUAAACUACUGGAGCCUGUUGUCUCCAUGGCUGAUAUGCUGAGAUCAUCAGCCAACACAAAACCCACUGUGAAUGAACAAGACCUGGAAAAGCUAAAGAAGUUCACAGAAGACUUUGGACAGGAAGGCUAAUCCAAAGACCGUUUUUACCAUAAAUGUACUUCCUUCGGAUUUCUUGCCUCUCUAUUGCCAAUAAAUGAAUCACUUCUUCUUUUCUUUCUACCUGGAAACAAAGAGCUGUUUGCAAGGACCCUUGAGCUUUUUGUAUAUCACUUUCCAGAAAUAUCUCUUAAAUGUUGUCUUCUGAAAGCAUGAUACUAGGAUCUUAUGGCGAAGAAGGUAAACACAUUAUAAAUAUAUUAAAGUUGACAGCCCUUCCCGGUUUGAGUUUCCAUUACUUUAGGCUCUAGGCAAUGUACUAUCCCUAUAGUUAUGAAUAUUUAUACAUUUUUGCAGUUGUAAAAGAAAACAACUUGGAAAAGUGGCAUAAGACCAGUUUGAUUGCUCAAAGUUUUCAGUUUAUACCAGUUGGCCUGGAUAAAUAAUUGAUUUUUUUUUAAUCAUGCUGCAGAAUUUGGGGAUAGUGUAUACAUGUAGUGAAAGAAAAUAAAAAUAAAAUUCAGAAAAAGUGACGGGGCGGGGAAUCCAGAAAGAAACUUAACCAUGGCCAGUUCUUGCAUCAGACCACUGAUGUGAAACUUCAGUGGUUUCCCUCCCUUGCUUUGCUGUGGUUGGCAAUUGCCUUAAGCCGCUGCAAGCAUUGUUUUUAAGAACUCAUGACACUGUGCAGUCUACCAGGGGAGAUACUUAACAUGAAGAUCCUCCUCCAGAUGAACGUUCUUACUCUUUCUCUCUGGUUUUCACUUAGCUUUGCUCUCUAUAGGAGUAUAAACCAGGAAUAAGAACAUAGGGCAAAGUUAUGGCCAGGCAUUGGUAGAAGGGAAGGUAAUCCUACACUCACUUCAAAGGGAUUUGGGACCAGGUAUGGAGGGCCCUCAUCUAUACCUCUGAUUGACCAAGAAAAGUUGCUCUUACACAAGGUUGUUUUAUAACUAUCUGACCUGACUGUUUUGGAAAUGGAUUAACAUUUCUCUAAACACACUAUAAUAGCACUGCAGGCUGUUUUCUAGAGGCCUUUGUUAAAGAGUUACGCAUCUUGGAAAAGUGACUGAAUGUAACUUACAACACUACAGUGUCAGCACUGAAUUUGUGCCUUGUAAGUUUGCCCUGGUUAUAGAUAAGACACCACUGUAGUAUCCGUAAUGCAGCACAUUGCAUUAUUGCUUAGAACUGUGCCCACCAGAUCUUUGUGCGUUACAGAUUUUCAAGUUUAUUAAGACCUGUAUGGCUACUUUUUUCAUGGGCUUUGGUUUCCUUUUUAUGUACAUAUUUUGCGUAUUCUCUAAAGUAGGGCAGAUGAAAACUUGGUUUUGGGAAUGAAGUAAAAAGUUACAACACAACACAAGCUUUUGUUUCUAGAGUUUUUUUCGUUAGCUGAAAAGUGUGUUUUCUACGUUGUCAGAAUAAAUUUGUUUCUUAGUCAUUUGAGACAUGUAGAAUAUUCUGCUCAAAAUAAAGCAUUGGAAUGGGCUUGGAUCCUGCCUUGAAUUGUCAUGAGUGCGGGGUGGGGGGGGGGGAGUUUUGCUGCUUUUCCCCUCCCCCACAGGUUCUCUGAUUCUUCCUCACAGCUACUCCUGGUUGUCCCUCUAUUCCCCGUGCGGGGAGUGGGUGUUAAGCUUCUGCAGGAAGAAUGAAUUGGGUCGAAAUUGCCCCCUCGCCUCAUCAUAAGUAUUCUAGGCAGCACACAAGCCACGAUAUUCUAAGACUUGGUGAAAGAAUCUUUGAGCAUACCCUUGAAGUGCACUUUACUUAGAGUUCUUCACUGCACUGUGUCAUUUUCAUAAUACUUUAGUAUUUAUACAAUGGAAAGAUUUUUUCAGAGCAAUCUUCUUUCUGCCCUGUUAUUGCGUUGUGUGUGCCUAGUAGUCAUCCCACUUAAUUCCAUAAAGCUGCUUCCGGUGCCUGCUGUUUUGUACCUGUUUUCAACAAUGUACACACUUGAAAAACCUAAGAAUUGAGACUCAACUGCAACACGAGUUUAGUUUUAUCCUAUAUUAUUGUUGGCAUUUAGCAUUGGGAUCCUAUAGGCUGAGAUCACAAUCGGAGCUCUUCUGUAAUGGCUUAAAUUCUAAAAUAAAAUAAAUUUGAUUUUAUAA